AGAAGAAAAAAAAAGACAAAAAUAAAUAACAUGUGCAGAUGGUAUUUGCUCAUUAGACAUAAAAUUAGAUAAUGGUAGAGAAAUAAACGGAGCAGUUUCCUAACACUAAUUAGUUGUUGAUCUUUUCAAAAUCCACUAAACCCCCUUCUGCUAAAAUGACUACCCAACUUCGUCCACUUAUGCUAUUGGUUCAGUUCAUCAUCCUUUAAUUAGCCCAAAAAUCAACUUUUUCUUUCUUUUACUUGUCUGAUCACUGUAGCACGUGGCACUCCUUUAAUUUAUCACUUCAUUUUCACUUGUUAUAGGGACCACAGAGCACACCGAUUUGUUAGCUUGGAGGAACUUAAACAGACAUGUUUGAUAUACUCUUUGGGUGGAGAAAAGCUUCUAAAUGUAAGAAUUUGAUUAAAAGGGUUCAAUGCCGGCUUAAGCUGCUGAAGAAUAAGAGAAGUUGCAUUAUCAAGCAAUUGAGGGAUGAUUUGUCUGAGCUACUCAGAAAUGGGCAUUACGAAAUUGUCACUGAAAGGGUUGAACAGCUUUCAUCGGAUGAAAGGAAGGUUGCAGUGUAUGACUUAUUGGAGACUUACUGCGAAUUUAUAAUCUUUAACCUUCCGUAUAUUCGAAGACAUAAGGAUUGUCCCAAUGAUAUCAAUGAAGCAGUGUCAACUCUCAUAUUUGCAUCAGCAAGACUCGGCGAUUUGCCUGAGCUUGUAGCGAUUCGCAAGCUAUUUGGUGAACGAUAUGGUCAGAUAUUUGAAACAUCUGCACUUCAAUUACUUCCUGGGAAUCUUGUGAGCCAUCAGAUAAUUGAUAAUAUAUGCACAAGUUCUGUAUCAGAAGAAGAGAAAUACAGAUUGGUGGAUGAAAUAGCAAGGAGUUGCUUUCAGCAAGGACCUUUGCUUCUUGAAUACAUAAAUGAAUCACAUCAAGAGCAGGUAAAUGAAGGGAGUAAUGCUGCAGCUGAUUACAAGGAAGCUGAACAAAUGAGAUUAAAGGAUCCCAAAAUCUCACAGACAGAACUGCUUAAACCUGAAAAUUCAGCGUGUUUCUCAACAACUCACACUUUUAAUGAUUCAGCGAACUGCUUGAAAAAUAAUGGUAAUGAGAGAGUUCAAGAUUCUGCUCAGCAAAGUUAUUUAUCCCAAUCCCCUAUUUCAAGUCCUGAACGCGUCACAGGAAGGGAUACAGGGAAUAAACGUGCAUUUAUUUCGGAGAAAAACAUAGAGAGAAGAGCUGCAGAAUCUUCUACAGAAGAUUUAGCUGAAUUACCUGAGCAGAUGAUAUAUUUGGAUGACAUUCAGGAAUUUGAAUCUGCUGUGAAGAAAGUCCCUUUUUUUCCUUUGAGACUAAAAAUAGAUACUGGAAGCAAUUUUGAAGGCAUUAAGAGAAAAUGUGAGUUACGGAAUGCACAAAAACAACCAAAAAGCUCGAGGAAGAAUAACAUGAUAUCUGGAAAAAGAAUGAGAAGGAAAGCAGUUUCCGUCGUGUCAGACACUGAUAGUACAAUCUAUUACGGAGACUUACGUGAGAGUUCUCCGGAUAGCAAACCAAAACGACAAAACAGGAAAAGGAGUUCAAGAAAGAGUUAUGUUAAGGAAAGUCAUCAACCUUGCUAUGUCAAAUUCAGAAGCACAAUGACUUUUGUCAAGUGCAUCGAUGAUCAUUCCAGAUCAAACUGCAAUUCGGGGUGCAAUGGGCCAAUGGAAAAUCACUGCAGCUUGGAGCACCCACGUUAUUACUGGAUUGCUGAUGGAAAAGACAUUGGGGAAUCUCCACUUUGCGUGCCAAAGAGAAGAGUCAAAGCUACAAAGGAUCUUAGUAAAUGCCAAUUUUCCUGCAGUCAAGAUGUUGAAUCAGUGAGGCAUCAUUUUGUAAAAUCCGAUACUGAGGAGGUAUGGGAAAGCCAAGAAACUUGUAAUUCAACGAUGUCAUCAUCAUCAUCAACAAUGACAUAUCAAAGGGAAAGAAAAGAAAAUCAGGCUCCGUAUUUGAGGGCAACGACUAUGCCUCCCGAAAGGCCUAAAGAUAGCCUCAUUGACAACUUUGUUCGAUCAAAUUCUUUCCCGGUUCAAGAGCCUGGAAAUGAAUUAUAUGGAACUCGCCAUAUCCAUCCUAAGCUACCAGACUACGAUGAACUAUCAGCUAAGUUCCUGGCUCUCAAGAAUGAGAAACUGCAAAAGAAAUGCUAGCAUCAAAUCGAGGCUUUACCAUAGCAUGGCCAUCGUCUAAUCUAGGCUGGAACAAAUUACUUGAGUUGCUUUUUUUUUUCUUCUAUUUUUUGUUCAUAAAACUAGCAAAACAUACUUGCAUUGUAAAUGGAGAUUUCUUUGUGUAUGUCUGUGGGUAUUGGUGAUUCAUAGAAGUAGUUGAGGUGAAAUGAGUAAUGCUUUGAUGAAACUA